CGUUGACAUUUGGAACGCUAUGCUGGUGUUAUGAUUUCGACUUUAUUUCACGUGAAUAGUUUAUUAUUGGAACAAUAAAUAUACAGUGAAUAUACUAAUUUAAGCUAAUACAAAUGGAUGUCGGAGAACUUUUGUCUUUUAAGCCAACUCCUACACCCAAAAGACCAAAUGAAGAUGAUAGUGGGGACUCUGAUGAUGAACCAUCGCGGAAAACAAAAGUGCGACGAUUUGGUAACACCAGACAUGAUCAGCUAAUACAACAGUAUAGCAAGGGUCUCCCUAAAGAACCAACUAUCACUGAUAAAGAAAGAGAAGAUAUUUUACGGUUUGUCGAGAAUGAAGUAACAGAGGGUGAAGUUCUUGAUGACACAGCAGUAAAAAAAUUGGUGUUAAACUUUGAAAAGAAAACUCUUAGGAAUAGGGAAAUGAGAAUUAAGUUCCCUGAUCAACCUGAAAAAUUUAUGGAUAGUGAAAUAGAUUUGCAUGAGGCAUUGCAGGAACUGAGUGCAGUGGCAACUGUCCCUGACCAAUAUCCACUGUUAGUUGAACUCAAAUGCAUUAAUUCCCUAUUGGAGCUUUUGUCACAUGAUAAUACAGAUAUAUCUACCAAAGUUGUACAUGUUCUUCAGGAAUUAACUGAUGUGGACAUUUUAAAUGAGAGUGAAGAAGGUGCUGAGGAGUUAAUCAAUGCCUUAGCUGAAGCAGAAUGUCCAGCCCUUUUACUUCAUAACCUGGCACGCCUCGAUGAACAAGUACCAGAUGAAAGGGAUGCUGUCCAUAAUACAUUAGGUAUAAUAGAGAAUAUUACAGAAUUCAGACCUGAAAUGUGUUCAGAAGUGGCCAAACAAGGAUUUUUGCAGUGGUUACUUAAAAGACUGAAGUUGAAGAUUCCUUUUGAUGGUAAUAAAUUGUAUGCAACAGAAAUUCUCUCAAUUUUAUUACAAAAUACACCAGAGAACAGAAAGCUCCUUGGUGAACUUGAUGGCAUAGAUGUACUUCUACAACAAUUGGCGUUCUACAAGCGGCACGACCCGAGUGGCGCGGAGGAACAGGAGGCGAUGGAGAACAUGUUCGAUGCGUUGUGCUGCGCGCUGAUGGAGCCCGCCAACCGCGACAGAUUCCUGCGCGGUGAGGGGCUGCAACUCAUGAAUUUGAUGCUCAGGGAGAAGAAAAUGUCACGGAACGGAUCGCUGAAAGUGCUCGAUCACGCAUUGGCCGGGCCCGACGGCAAAGACAAUUGUAACAAAUUCGUUGAUAUCCUGGGGCUACGUACUGUAUUUCCUCUGUUCAUGAAAACGCCAAAGAGAAAAAGAUUGUUAACUGUGGAUCAACACGAAGAGCACGUUGUAUCGAUCAUUGCUUCGAUGUUGCGCAAUUGCCAAGGCAGUCAGCGCCAGAGAUUACUGGCCAAGUUCACCGAAAAUGAUCUAGAGAAAGUAGACAGACUCCUCGAGUUACACUUCAAGUACAUGGACAAGGUGGACAGAACCGAAAAAGAAAUGGAGCAAGAACAGGAGGAUUUAGAUGACGACGCCCAAUAUCUGAAGCGCCUAUCAGGUGGUUUGUUCACGUUGCAACUCAUCGACAGGAUCAUUCUUGAGGUUUGCAUCGCAGGCCCGCCGACUAUCAAACAACGUGUGCAGAGAGUGUUAUCUCUCCGAGGCGGUUCACUUAAGAUUAUACGGCAUGUGAUGAGAGAGUAUGCAGGCAACUUGGGUGACGCGGGCAGUGAAGAAUGGCGGCAGCAGGAACAACAACAUAUUCUGCAGUUGGUAGACAAAUUUUAGCGCCACUGUUUCAAUGUACAAAUUCGAUCCCAAUACACUUAAAUAAAAAAAAAACCCGAACUUCAUCUUUUUCGUUUUUAUUUCAAACUUAGCCU